ACCAAAGGAUCUUUGAUUCAAAUCCUAGUGGGCAGGCUGCUUUUGUACCUUUGAGCAAGGUACUGUAAUGUAUGUCAUGCAAACACUUGUACCAAGUACCCUGCUGUAUUGAUGAGUCUGCUGUCUGUCAUUAUAAAUAUGAUAUUAUCAGUUGAAUUAUGUGGUAAAAUAGAGAAAUGCCAUUAGUGAUAACCAAAAGGUUUUUUUUACAAACCCUUCCGUUUUCCACAAACAAGCAGAAGUGUAAGGAGGCUCUGAAUGGACAAACAUUAGCUAGUCAAAGAUUACACCGGGAAACAUGCUUCAACCCAGAAACUGGACUGGAAAGCAAAGGAAUAAAAAAACAAAGAGCUUUGGCGAUUGUAGUUUGCAACCUUCUAAUCUUGCAGGUUGUAAAAUGAUCUUUUAAUCUUGAACCGGUUUCCCUUUAACGUCUGCAAAAUGCUUAAGUGGACCUUAAAAAUCCACAUACUGUAGCUAAACCAGAUCCCAGCUUCAGUUUGGAAUAACUGUAGUGCACGUGGCCUUCAAAACAAACACAACUAAUUUACUGUGCUUCCUUGUAAUGAUCACCUGUCUCCUGCUGUGCCAAGAGAAGCAACGUGAAACCGAAGAGACAGAUGCGUCAACCGAGUCACCUGAUGAAUGUUAAUCAGUUCCUUUCUGGCAGGUUAUUUACUAAGGGGCAGAGCAAAGACACUCAUGGGAGUCCAAGCAUUUCAAUGUUACCGAUGUCAGGUUAUCAGUAUGGCUGCACAGGAGAAAAUACAGUGGUCUAUAUAGUGCAUUCUUGGAGAAAAGAGGCACCCAUCCAGCUGGGGUUAGCAGAUUUGCCUUAGCUUUUGUAAGCUUAACAAUUGCAUGAGCGAAACACGUUUCCUUAAAUACGAGGGAACGUCACUCCCCAUUUUGUUUACCUUAUUCCCUGAUGGAUUAGCAUCCAGUGAAAGAAAAAUGUCUUUCAGCUGGUAUAUACAGAUUUACUUAUUUAAGGACUGGAAUAACACUUCACGUUACUGAUCUGUGAAUAAAAAAAAAACAGAAAAAAGUUAAUUCUGGGAACAUUGUUGGCAAACUUGCAUCUUUUUCUGUGCACAAUAUGCCCAUUUUCCACCAGCGUUGUUCGUAUCACUCAUUGCUGUGCGGUAGGUGGAAAUCUCGUGAUGUCAUAAACUCGCCCCGCUUUUCUACGGAUUCGGUUUCCCACGCCGUUCCCAGCCUGUCCCUCCGCGCAGUUGGGAAAAGGGGUGGAGGCUGUGGAGUUCUGGAAUGCGUGCUUUUGCGCGUUCCCGAUAUGCCCUCUUCCUCGGUGUGGCGCGCAGGAGAGCAGCGUGUACGCGCGGCGGGGCGACAGGUCUGCGCUCAGAGAAGGGAGAACAAGAAACGCAGGAGAGGGAAUGAUGGCGGUGGAGGAGUGACAAGAGUUUGAAAGUGGAAAUUGAAAGAAAGAGCACUUACCCGGCGCCCCAAGAGCCCCCCAGAUACGAAAAGUCGAGAUGACCAGAAUCUGUGAUUUCUGAAGAACAGCGGAGUUGGCACAUUGUUGAGCUCGUUGGGAUUGAUGGCAAGUGAAGAAUAGAAAGGGCGGUUUAUGAAGCGGCAACGCAACCGAUUUAAAAAAAACCCGAAAACAACCACAGUGGAAUAUCCCCCUCCAUCUACCUUCCUGUACUCUGAGAAAUAUUUGAACACUUCCUUGUCUCAUCUCCUUCUUCAAAAUGAUAAAGACGGAGAGCAAAGGUGACCGGACGCUGAGGAGCGCGUCUCCUCACAGAAACGCUUACAAGUCGGACUUCCAUGCCAUCAAAUGCUCCUUUGACGGGGCCAGAGCCGACAGCGCUCCCAAGUCGUACGCGAAUGGCUCCAGCGAGACCCGGGAGGAGACGAGGGGGAGACCUUUUGGUAACCGAGUGAACAAAAUCAAGAACAUUUUCCUUCAGAUGGACGGUCAGCAGCCGGAAGUCGCGGAGGGCAAGGCGGCGACCAAAAGCGAGGUGCCUCAGGUCACUCCCCCAAAACUGGCCUUUGCCGCCGGCGUGCAUAAACCUAAUUUCGGCGGUGCCAGCCCAGAGUCCCCGACCUCAGACAAGACCCACAAGGGUGAAGACGCGGAGAUAGACAAAGUAGCGCUGGCCGAAAAGUUCUCGGUGACCAGAAAACUGUUUGAGAGGGGCAUCCAGGAGCAAACCUCUGGGGAAAAACAUUCUCCCACCAAAAUAAGGGGGCGGAUGUCGCUGGGCAGCGCGUCGGACGAAGGGAGAGGCACGAGGCGGUCGUCGGGGUCUUCGGAGAGUACGGCGAGCAGCGUGAAGGCCGACCACAGCCCUACCUCAGUGACGAAAGGCUGGCAGGAGGAGAAGAGCGACAGCGAAGACGCCAAGCACGUGUCCAGGCUGUCCCUGAACGCCGGCCCCAUUUCCCGCAGGCUGGAGAACUUCAUGGUGGAUAGCGAUAGCGAGGAGUCCGGCAGCAGAGCUGUGGUGAAAGAAGCAGGAAGUCAGGGUAAACGGCACAGUUCUUCGAACUCGGACCUCUCCCAGCCCACCUCCCCCGUGGGUGACGGGUGGGGUAAGCCAUCUGAAGAUGCCGCUAAGGCACCCAGCCUGCCGGCAAGGGAUCAGACGCAAACUCAGUCAUCGGUCAGUGGCAGUUAUGGGGCGCCGGAUGUUGCCAAGAGCGACGAGCGAGGGGCCCAGGGCGCCGCCAGGAGCAGGCCCCCAGGCCGAGGCCCCCCGCCGGAGCAGGUGGGAGUGGGCGUGGUCAGGGCGGAGCUGGUGGUGGUGCAGAACGAGUCGUCGGAGAGCGACGAGAACGCCGAGGGCCCCGACGACAACGAGGUGUUCGAGGAACCCCCCGAGGAGGAGGGCCGCCAGGGGCCGCCCGCCGGGCCCUCUCCCCGGCAGGAGCGAGGAAAGGCGGAGGCGAGGGGGGCCGAACGCGGCGGCGGGGAGGGACCGAGAGGGCAGACGGAGGAGGACAGGGAGGCGAGCCGGACGGAGGAUUACCCCGAGGAAGAGGAGAGCGAAAUGGAGGAGCAGGAGGAGGGCGGCGGGGCGCGGGUGUCCCCGGUCAUCUACGGCAUCGAAAACGCGGCCUUUGUGGAUGACAGGGACACGGACCAGGAGCACCAGGAAAGUGAGCGCGGAGAGCACCAGGCAGAGGCGUACGAGGAGAUUCCUGGUCUGUCGGACGAGGAGGACGCAGGGCCGAAGAGGAAGAUUAAGUUCUCGACUUCGCCGAUCCGGGUUUUCAGUACCUACUCCAACGAGGAGUACGACCGGCGCAACGAUGAGGUGGACCCUGUGGCGGCGUCGGCGGAGUACGAGCUGGAGAAGCGGGUGGAGAAGAUGGACGUCUUCCCCGUGCAGAUCGAAAAGGGAGAUAACGGAUUGGGAAUCAGCAUCAUUGGAAUGGGAGUAGGGGCUGACCAAGGCUUGGAGAAGCUUGGUAUAUUUGUGAAGACCAUUAGUGAGAAUGGGGCAGCAGAAAGAGACGGACGGAUCCAGGUCAAUGAUCAGAUAGUGGAGGUGGAUGGAAUUAGUCUGGUUGGCGUCACACAGCUGUUCGCUGCUACAGUACUGAAAAACACUAAAGGCACUGUCAAUUUCCUGAUUGGGCGAGAGAAGCCUGGAACCCAGAGCGAAGUGGCGCGGCUCAUCAGUGAGACUCUCGAGCAAGAAAAGAAACAGCAGCAGCGACUGGAAGACCAGUAUGACCUGUCCACAGAGGAGGAAGAGCAUUACGACGAGGAGGAGGGAGAGGAGGAGGAGGUACUGGGAUCGAGCUUUGCAGGGAAGUCAGUUGAAGUCUUUGAACUUCCUGAGAGCGAAGAGAUGUUUUUGCCUUCUAACAUGGACUCCACGCAGCUGAGUUUGAAAUACAAAGAGUUGCAGUUAAAGCAUGGAGUUACAUCAGCUGAGCUCAAGCAGACAAAGGAGAAGCUAAGAACAGCCGAGGAGGACAGAGCCGUGUGGGAAGCAAGGCAAGCUCAGCUGCAGCAAAGCAUUGAAGAAAAUAAGGAGAAAAUCAAGAAGAUUGAGACGUAUUGGCUGGAAGCACAGACCCUCUGCAAAACUGUCAAUGAGCACCUGAAGGAAACCCAGAGCCAGUACGAUGCUCUGGAAAAGAAAUACAACAAGGCCAAGAAACUGCUCAAGGACUAUCAGCAGAAGGAGAUAGACUUUGUUAAAAAGGAAGAGGACCUGAAGAGAGCUCUGGAAGACAAAGAGCAGGAGUACCAGACACAGCUGCAGAGACUGCAGGACAGGAUAGAGGCACUGGAGGCCAGAGCCCACCCUGGUGAGCACUCGGCAGCCCCAUCCAGUUCCUCUGUCCCUGGGGAGGAGAAGCCGCGCGGAGGGUCCACAGGGAGCGCCGAGGACAAGCACCAUGACGCAGGCCCGAGGGAGGAAGGGCUCUCUACCAGAGAGUCGGGGGACGCGCUGAGGACACCUGAGUCACUGGACACGUUACUUCAGCCAGUCCACAAAGCCCUGGAUGAGGUUGUUCCCGAGACGGAGAGGCUGGACACCAGCGCCCACCGGGCGAAGGGUCAGCUGGCCCUCAAGGCCAAACGGCAGCCGCCGUCGCGAAACAAGCUGCGAGAAACCCUGGGAGCUGCCCCCUGUCUGGAGCAGGAGAGUGACGACAGCGAGGUACAGCCGCCGGAGUCUCGGGGGGCUGGAAAUGAAGAGAAGGCCGUUGAGCCGAGCUUAUCGCUGCCCCUGGCCGUCUUGUGUUCGGGAGAGGGACCCAAGGGCGAAAAGGCGGAGACGGCAAGAAGCACAAAGAGCCAGGUGGAGCUGUCCAGCGCCCCCCCUCCCCCGGCCCCGUCCUCUCCCGUCCACAGAAUCAGCAGCGAGAGCGGUAGCAGUCCAGGAUUGUCCCCGUCGAAAGACGCCAACACCGCCCACUCCCCCACGGGCUUCCUCCGGGCCGUCAGGAAGAGCAAGGGCAAGGAGCCCAAAGAUGACAAGGCAGAAGCAAAUGACAAUUCCUCAUCAGGGAAGCAGAAAAGAAGAUUUCCCGACUUUGGCGGCCUUCGGAAGUCUGGUGGCAAAGGGAAGAAACACGACAAGGAGGCGUUGAGAGGCUCCCUGGACAGCAGGGGGUCUGGAGAUUUACUGGGAGACUCUGCUGGAAACCUGUCUCCUUCAGAGUCCAUGUCAUCCAUCCCCACCUGCAUGCCUUUCUCUUGGUUUGGGGACAGAGACAAGGACAGGGACAGAGACAGGGACAGAGAGCCCUCAUCGUCCAGCAGCAGUCUCCACUACACUGCUCCUGAGAGCUCCUCCGAGCACAGCCAGGACAAGAGCAGGAAUAAGACAAACCUUUCCUGGUCUUCCUUAUUCAGUCGUUCAUUAGAUUUGAGUUUGUCUGUCAUAGAUGAUUCAAACCCUGGCAGUCCCAGUUCUGAGUUGACAGGGCUAGUAGCUGAGCCAAAUCUGUCAGGGCGCUCACGUACUUUAACCUUCUCUUCGAAUGAGACUCUGGACGAUGACCCGGUAUUGGUUGGGAAGGAUUACCAGUGGCAGAACAGGGCUAUCUCUGAGUGGACCUCCCAACAGGUCUGCCACUGGCUGAUGGGCAUGAACAUGGAGCAGUACACCCACGAGUUCACUGCCAAAGCUGUGGAUGGCCAGCAGCUGAUCCUCCUAGACAGUGACAGACUGAAGGCCUUGGGCGUUUCCAGUCAAAAUGACCGAGCCACAAUUAAAAAGAAGCUGAAAGAGAUGAAAAAGGCCCAGGAGAAGCUGGAGAAACAGCGAGAGAAGAGGGAGAAGGAGGCCAGGCGCAGUGGGAGGCUGCCCGUGAACGCAGACUCCACCUGCUGAGAUUUCGAAGCCCCUUGACUCUUCUGUCCCAGCUUACCUGGACACUCAUAGCUAGUUAUUCAGAUGAGGUACUGUACAUGUCACACUGCUCAUGCACAUCUGGCACUUUUUUUGUGGGUCCUCAUCAGGUUUUGUUCAUAAUCCAUGUCUACUUCCAGCGCAGAGUGCUUGUUCCUUCAGCUGUCCUAUUUUUAAAAAAUGCCUUCCAAUACUAUACUUGCUCAAUUCCUUAAUGGCUCCUCAUAACCACAUACUGUAGCACUGUCCAGCAGAAUCUAGCCAGAGGCCUUUAAACAAGUACCCUGUGCAAGCUCUCCACUACCUGUUAAGGCCAGCAAGAGUGAUCAUCAGCACUGCAACCCGACAUCUCGAACUUAAGGGAUUUCCUAAACAGGCACUCUUACUGUACGAGUAUAGCAACUGUCGCAAAUGGAAAACAGUACUUGUACACACGCCCAAUCACAAAAAUUGUAUCUCUGUCACUUUUGAAGAGUUCCUCAAGAAUGAGGUUAAUACACACGCCAAAUAAAACGGCAGGCAAAUUUGAGUACACUGCCAACGGACCAUUUUUUUUUCCCUCCAAAGUGUACGUCACAUUUACUGGUACCACUAGAACGAAUAACAUAGCAAUAAUACCUCAUUCUCAUCACAGGUAUGCCAGACAUGAGUGGUAUGAACAUAAUGAGCAUGUGUAUGUUGACGUUACUGUGGAAUGACUUCGGCUUUUUAAAAGCAUUUUUGUAUUGUAUUUUUCCAAUGAUAACAGCUAUGUACAGAUCUUUUCUUACAGGAACUUGUACAGUUAAAGGAGACGAAAGCACUAUAUUGUCUUUUAAGCUUCCAAAAAGGGGUGGCAAGGUUUUAAAUGUAAAAAUAAAAGAUUCCGAGCGUUUUUAUACAUAUUUGGCUGUUAAACUGCGUACAUUUUUUUUAAAAUCAAUUUUCUUACUGUUGAAAUAGGGUUCAACGCUUAAGUGUACCUUUUCUACUGAGUAGAAUAGCCAAAACGUAUGGGACCACUUUUGCAAAAAAAUAAAAUUAAAGUUUACAAGUCAGUGCUGCUUUUUCUUGCUUGUCACACAAAGAUACGAAUAUUGUGGUAAUAGAAGGUAUUUGUGGUCCAAUUCUUUUCUGUUAACAACUGGGUUGUUGUUAGAAUGGUACUGCUGUCUCAGUUGCAUUAUUCUGCAUUUGGUACCCCCAUAUUCUCAACAGAAAAACAAGUACCUGAGCUUGUGUUAAUACUAUUGCAGGUUAGGAAAUGUCUACUUAUUGCAUUCCACUUAUUGGAUAAAGACAUAUUCCUUCAGUACUGCUGAUAAAUGACCUAUACUUGGCAAAGGUGAACACAAGCAGAUGUUUGUAUUUUUUUAAAUGUAUAUAUCCGUGUAGUACUUGAUUAAAUAAUGAACUAAAUUGAAGAAUGCAGCUCUUACACUUGAAUUUCAAGGCCGACACCCUUUUGCCCCUGGAUUUUCUCAUCAUUGGUGAUAGCAGGACAAAUAAACCUCUCUUGUCAAGCA